AUGUUAGUACAGUACCAGACAUGGAAAAAAGCUUCUGUUUCAACUUGCACAGACGUAACCCCAAAAAUAUUUGAGUUAGCAUCUAUUUUUCUUCACUUGGAUGUUGUUGAAAUAAUGAAAGAAUCCUUGUACGAUAAGUAUGUCGACGAACAUGGUUUUGUGGAUUUUGGUCGCAGUGGAGGAAUGAGUCAACAAAAGGAAGCAAAACGAUUUCUAAGUGCCCUGAAUAAGCAAUCAGAGUUGCAGCAAAAAGAUUGCUUUUCAAUUUCUGAAAUAUACAGUUUGGCAGAUAGGAUUGGCUUAAGAGUUCCAGAUAUUGAUACAUUUGUGGAUAAUUUAAACAGCGUUGGUUAUCUACUGAAGAAGGGGCCAAAGACUUACCAGGUGCUAUCAUCAUCUUAUUCACGGAGUUUGUCGUCAAGGUAGAGGGGCUAAGUUUUGCAGCACUGGAGAGCAGGUCAAAUAUUGUUUAUAUUGCUUCUCUAUUUCCUUUAAUUUGGUUACAAUACUUCAUAUGUAAUAUGAUUGGCUUCUGGCACUACUACACUGAUUGUUGCCUUGAAGUUUCCAAAUGUUACUUUGACUGUAAAAUGUGCGAUGUGUUAUUGACAUAUAAUGCACAUUGGAUUUAACCA